UUCUAAUCAUUAAUCGCUCACUGAGGAAUUAAUGAGCAGGUUUCCCACUUUGAGGCCUAGAGACACACACAGGAGGAAAUAUCAUAAUGUUUUGUCAGUUUGAAACCAGUGUUUCUUUUAUUUGAUGGAAGCACUUUGGUCCUGUUUUCCUGUCGCAUGACAAGUAACGUAAAUACAGGUCAAAUGUAUAUAUGGGAAUUAUUUAAUUUUUUUAAGGCAAAGAGUAAAAACCUUCAUGUUGAUGCUUUUAGAAUUGAAGAUAAACAAACUCCUGUGAAAUGUUCCUGAAUAUGAUAUUUGAUCCAUUAAAUAUUAGCAGCAAGGAGUCAACCGUGACCUUUGACCUUUAUCCACUGAAAUCCAGUCAGUUCAUUCUUGAGCUGGUUCUUUGUGAGUCACGGUUUUCUCGUCCAAUCAGGAGGCCGGACCCGGGGUUUCACGGCUGCCAGUCGGUGGGAGCAGCGAGGGAACCGGGACGAGACGCCCACGCUGACCAGAGCGUGGUCAUCCUGCACGCCAAGGUGGCUCAGAAGUCCUACGGCAACGAGAAGAGGUUCUUCUGUCCUCCGCCCUGCGUGUACAUCCGGGGUCGUGGAUGGAAGGUCAUGCAGGAUCAUCUGAAAGCUGCUGGUUAUGGAGACUCUGUGUAUCGGAUGUGUGGUUACAUGUGUCUCGACAACUCCAGCCAGUCUCAGGCCGACACUUUCAAACUGGUCUUCGAUGAGCAGCCAGACUCCACGCAGAUGUUUGCCUGCGCCAAGUCGCUGUUCAUCUCUGAUCAGGACAAGAGGAAACACUUCCGCCUCCUGCUGCGACUCUUCCUGGGCAACAGACAGGAAGUGGGUUCGUUCCAGAGCAGGCUGAUCAAAGUGAUCUCCAAGCCGUCCCAGAAGAGACAGUCCAUGAAGAACGUGGACCUGUGUAUCUCCUCGUGCUCCAGAGUUGCUUUGUUCAACCGCCUGCGCUCUCAGACGGUCAGCACUCGUUACCUCUCAGUGGACAGAGGAGCUUUUGUAGCCAGCGCCAGACAGUGGACAGCCUUCACCAUCACCAUGGUGGAGGACCAAAGUGCUGACCAAGGGGACUUUGUGCUGAGCGAAGGCUUCAUCUGUUACGGCGCUGUGGUCCAGUUAGUGUGCACGGAGUCUGGAGUAGCACUGCCCCCAAUGGUGAUUCGUAAGGUCAACAAGCAGCAGGCCAUCCUGGACGUGGACGAGCCGGUGUCUCAGCUCCACAAGUGUGCCUUCCAGUUCAGAGACGACCCUCAGGCCUUCCUGUGUCUCUCCAACGACAGCAUCAUCCAGCACCUGGCUCCGUCCAGCACCAGGGACCCCAGCCGGGUGGUGCUGAACGACGGGUCCUGUUGGACCAUCAUCGGAGUGGAGAUGGUGGAAUUCACCUUUAACGAGGGUCUGUCCUGUGUCCAGACCCCAGUCAGUCCUUUUCCUGUCAUCAUAGGGCUGGAGGUGAAUGGCGGAGGACACGUGGCCAUGAUGGAAAUCCUCGGGGAAAACUUCAGCCCUCAUCUCAAAGUCUGGUUUGGAAACAGUGAAGCUGAGACCAUGUUCAAGUCGCCCAAGUCUCUGCUGUGUGUCGUCCCUGACGUCUCUGUCUUCAGCGACGGGUGGCGCUCUCUGCGGCGCGUCCUCACCGUCCCUCUGUCCCUCAUCCGAUUGGACGGCCUGAUUUAUCGCACCUCUUUCAGUUUCACCUACACCCCCGAGCUCCAGCUGUCUUCGUCUGUCCGAGGAGGAGGAGGAGGAGGAGGAGGAGGGAGGAGAGACGGGGGCAGUGACGAGGGACAGGAGGACGAUGUCCUGCUGGAGACCAUCCACCAGGAGUUCACCAGAGCCAACUUCCACCUCUUCAUGCAGAGUUGACCUGAUGAUCAGGUUCCGAUCACAGACGGACAUGAAUACUUCAUCUCAGAUCAAAGCUUCACUCAUCUUCCUCUUUGUCCUGUUCGAGUUUGAAUCUGAGUAUUUAACAAAAUCCAUGAGAAUCAUCAGUCGACACGACAAAUAUAGAAUAUAUAAAUAUAUGAUCCAGAGAUAUCAGUUCAAUCUAAAUCAUUCCAUCAACUUAUUGAGCUUAUUCAUAGAUUCAGUUUGUAACUUUACUGCAUUAAAUGUUUAUUUCAGACGUCGGACCUGAGUCGUGUCUGAACAUUUUAAA